AUGAAGAUAUUGAAGAAACACAAGUUCGAAAUGCCAAAGCACGAUCUGUUAAAGAGGGGAAAAAGAAAGCUACAUCAAGUGUUCAUCCUUUCUUUACAAAAGUUCUAUGAUGCAUGUAUACCUAUGAAUGCUUGUAACUCUCCAUAUUUUCAACAUAUGAUAGAUAAAAUAACAAGUAUUGGUUAUGGGUACAAAGCACCUAAUUAUCAUGCUCCGAGGGUAAACUUAUUGUCAAAUGCAAAGAAAUCUGUUUCAUUGUUAAUUGAUUCAUAUAGAAGGAUAUCAUUUCUUAAAUCUAUUGAUGCAUCUGAUAUAGAGAGCAAUGCAUUGAAUUUGUGUAAUUUGUUUGCUGAGAUUGUUGAGAUGGUAGGACAAAAGAAUGUGGUACAAAUUGUUACUGACAAUGCUGCCAAUUACAAACUUGCUGAGUUUAAGAAGAUGUUAAAAGUGGGAAAUGCGGUUGAAUGCAAAGAAAUUGUCUUGAACAAAAAAUUUUGGAAAAAUUGUUUGAUUACGGUGAAAGUGAUGACUCCUUUGUUAAGGCUUUUGCGGUUAUGUGAUUCGGAUGAAAAACCUGCAUUGGGUUAUGUUUAUGAGGGACUGCAUCGCGCAAGGAGAGAGUAUGAUCGUGAGAAUCUUUGUUCAAAAAGAGAGAUAUCUCAAGGCGUUCUUGAUAUGGUUGAGAAGAAUUUUUCUGGUAGCGGCAUUAUUGAUCUUACAAUGUCUCUAGGAAAGUUUCGUGACAGUGAAGGUACUUUUGGUAGACCUAGUGCCAUUGCUUCUCGUACAAGUACACGUCCAGAUGAGUGGUGGAAGUUAUUUGGUGGGGAUACGCCUAUGUUGCAAAAGUUUGCAAUUAGAAUUUUAAGUCAAACCGCAUCUUCUUCCGGUUGUGAACGUAACUGGAGUGUCUUUGAAAGGAUUCACACAAAAAGGAGAAAUAGGUUGGAACAUCAAAGGCUUAAUGAUCUUGUAUUUGUGCACUACAACUUAUGUUUACAAAAUAGACUCAGGGUUGAUAAAAGAUCUUAUGAUCCUAUUGACUAUGAAUGUAUUGAUAAGAUGGAAUUUUGGAUGGUAGAAGAAGAGUCAAAUGGAGAACUUGAUUAA